CAUGCGGUUUGCAGGCUGUUAUGUGACGAUCCCGAGCGAGCAUGUAUAAUGGCUUCGGCACGUCGAAGUGCAGAAGAGUGUCAUCAUAACUACAAAUGUGACUCCGCUCGUGCUGGAGGACCGUACUGUUUAUCGGUACAGUGUGCGCAUUGUCGCGAGCUCCGGCAGGGAGCACUAAAGCGGUGCUGCGGAAAGCAAAACGCGCACAGAGCUGCAAAGUGUAUCGCAUUGCUACACUUUGCUCUACGAAAGUAUCGAGAGAUGCGCGAGUUUGCGCAAGAAUAUUUGUAUUAG